UUGUGAGAUUGCUUCAGCAGCUACUUCCUUAAGUAGGACAAAUUGCACUGGGCCCUGGCAUUUUGAAUACAUCUAACUUAUCGAACUAUUCCUUAACCUGGUCAUUCCCUAGUUUGGCUUGUGUUCCUUCCCCCUGGUUGUUAAUAUUAAUUGUGCUGAGUAUCUGCUCUCCAUUAACUGAAGACUGAAGCAAAAUAGGCACUGAGUCACUGUUUUUUGGGGGAGGGAGGGGCUGUACUCCUUCACAUUUUUCCAGGAACGAUAAUUGUACGAAGGUUCCCAGCCACUGGGGGAGAAGUGGCAGAGACACGGACCUCUGCAGUUCUGAAGAGAGGAAGGGUGACUGGGUGCAUGUGUUUCCUUUUCAAGGAGAGCUGCUCGGAGGCUCAGCGGCUAUAAAACCCACCGGCGCAGAGUCAGGAGAGGGAGAAGCUCAGAGCAAUGGCUUUACACCAUGUUUACCAGAAGUGUGAAGAGUCCGACCGAAUGCAGCUCAAGGAACAAGAGGCAGAAAUGGCAUCUGGAAGAUCAGGGAGUGCCUGGCUGCAGUUUCCUACGAGCCCGAAGGGGGCGCCAAAGUCCAUAUUAACCCUUUAUGUCCUGCAUGCCGUGUCGUUCAUGCUGUGGGCUGUGUUCCUCGCCGUGGCGAUUGCAAAGUACGCAGAGAUGUCCAAGGAGCUGGAGCAGAUGCGGACUGAGCAAUCUGUGCUCAGAGCCAACGACUCCGAGAUGGCGAAGCAACUGGGGAUGCUUCAUUUCAAUCAAUCCACCAUGCGCAGCACUGGGGAGGAGCUGGCCAAGGAGCUGAAGAGGCUGCAGUUGGACCAGGCCAUACUGAGAGUGGAAGUGUCCGGGGAUCUGGCCAAAGCGAAACGUGACAGAGAUGACAUCAGGGCCGAGACCUACAAGAUCCUGGGUGCCACGCAGAAAGGGAACGGCACUUUCCGGUGCCAGCCUGGCUGGGAGCAGUACCGAGGGAGGUGCUACUUUUUCUCCACAUCUACCCAGCGCUGGCAGGCGGCCAGAAGCUCCUGUUUGAGCCAUGCUGCUGAUCUGGUGGUGAUCAACGAUAAAAUGGAGCAGAAUUACUUGGCCACUAAAGCUGAUUCUGUUCGUCACUGGAUCGGCUUCACAGACCAAGCAACUGAAGGCGUCUGGCACUGGGUGGACAACACUCCUGUGACAUUUACGUUUUGGGCCCCAGGGGAGCCCAAUAACAUGUACAGUUUACACGUCAGAAAUGAGGACUGUGCCCACCUGCACGAGGACGGCCAGUGGAACGAUGAGCCCUGCAACUUGCACUACAGGUGGAUCUGCGAAAAAGCUGGUUCUGCCUAAAUGGCCGGAGUCCCGCCCUUGCUCUGAGCACCGGCUGGAAUGUACCCGGCCCACGAGGCCUGUGAACCGUUCCAGCCCCACACCAGUUCAUUAGGGCUAAUCGCACAAAACUGAACACCCUUGCCCUGCCCAAGCCCUGAGGCCCUGCUCACAUAAUCCUCCCCCGCUCACCUCCAUUGCUCGCUCUCUCCCACCUUCACUCACUUUCACCGUCUGGGGCCGGAGGUUGGGGUGCGGGAGGGGGUGCAGGCUCUGGCUGGGGGUGCGAGCUCCAGGCUGUGGUCGAGGGGUUUGUGGGAGUGGGUGCGGGCUUCAGUUGGAGGUGUGGGUUCUGGGGUGGGGCCAGGGAUAAGGGAUUUGGGGUGCAGGAGG